AUGACGAUUCAGAAUCAACCAGCUAUUUUCCAUGUCAACGCAGCUCUUUUCGACUGUGAUGGAACGUUAGUCAACUCUACUGGAGCUAUUUCAGAGUUCUGGAGAGAGUUUGGAAAAACCAGACCACAUGUUAAGCCAGAGGAAAUUAUCAGAACCUCUCAUGGAUGCAGAACAUUUGACGUUAUCGCCAAGUGGUCUCCAGAAGAUGCUAUUGAAGAGCAGGUGACUGCCUGGGAAGCUUCCAUUCCAGACACUUUUGGCCACCAUGCUAAGCCUAUUCCAGGAGCUGUGGAGUUGGUUAAGUCUUUUGACAAGCUCUCUAAAGAGGAAACUGCCAACAAGCAGCAGAGAUGGGCCAUUGUCACCUCUGGAACCUUGCCUUUGGCCACCAAGUGGUUGAAGCUCUUGGAUAUCCAGAAGCCUGACACCUUUAUCACCGCUGAGAAGGUUACCAAGGGUAAGCCACACCCUAUGGGCUACCAAAACGCCAGAAACGACUUGGGCUACGAGGAUGAAGCUAAGAAGGUCGUUGUUUUUGAGGAUGCACCUGCUGGUAUUGCUGCUGGUAAGGGUGCUGGUGCCAUGGUUGUCGGUAUCUGCUCCACCUACGGACCACAGAAGGUGAGAGAUGCUGGUGCAGACAUUGUUGUUGACGACUUGUCUUCAUUCGAGAUUCUUGAAUACAACAAGGAGACUGACGAGUUCAAGGUUAGAGUCAACGACUUCCACUUUGCCAACGAGGAAUUCUUGGAAACGGUUUAG